GGUGGAAUAACAAAAGCAACAAUUUUUGACAUUCUUUUGCGAAGAUCUCGAGAGGCAGCGCAAGAAGUGCAAUGCGCUCACCAUAAGCACCAUCAAGCGAGCAUAUCCAAGACUAGUAUAUGCGAACCGUUCAGGGUCCCUAUGAAUGGAGGCACGCGCAUCACCAGAACAUGAACCUGGUGCAAAACAGCCUUUAAAGAGUGUUUCGGUUGCAAAAGUGCAAGCAUGGGCCAUCCAGAUCCAUCGUUCUUUGCAUUUUUAUUGCCAAGAGGCCUGCCCAAGAUUUUCGAUGAGCCUUCCAAGGCCACCACCCCUCAGAAGCACGCCCAAGCGCGCGUGCCCCAUGGGCCCAAGCGAAAUGGCGGCACAGCCCUCACGACAGCCCUCACGACAGCCAUCACGGCAUGCAUGGUGCUAGUGCUGACAAGCGUGCAUUACUCGCCUAAAUUUACACUCACGAGGGUCUCGGGCAGGCUGCACACCUCGAAAUUACAGGCUCAGCCUACAGGGCUAAGUCAGGUGUACGAGCCAUCGCUCAUUCGAUCCAUACUCCACAGAGGAUUGCCAUGAUCAUUUUUAUAUUUCUGGUUGUCUCCAUUCCGUGUUCCACCAAUUCUCUCCUGUUGUCAUAAUUCGAAAUUUCUGUUUGCUGCGCGGGAUCGUUCAUUGUGCUGUCGAAACUACAAGGAAGAAUCGCUCCUUCCUCAUAAAUCCCUUCCACAAGACUUUAUUUCACGACGAUAUCAUCGUCAUCGCAAUGGCUGCUCCUCAAUCUGGCUCCUGGCGAAAUGGCCUCUUCGGCAAGAUCUGCGGUGGAAGCUGCGGUACCUGC